AGGUGAGUUAGGGUCUGUCUGCUUGACAAGUGACAACCUGAGGGCCAGCUCCGAUAAUCUGCAUUUACAGAAACACUCCGGCAACAAUACAAAGUUGGGAUUUGAGCGUGCGGAACGGGACGACGGCCACGUCACUCACGGAGAGGAGAGAAUGGGAGAAAGAGGCAGAGUGGGGAGCUCAGAGGGCUGCCAGUAUCUCAUUGGCCGAGAGCCCCGUCCAAACAAAAUUGUAGAACGGAAGGCUGUUCACUUAGCAAGACAAGGACAAUUGCGACAGAUAGCUCUAAAGGAAUGGACGACCGGUAUACGCGCAGCUAGGAAAAAGUGUGUCCAUUGAUUAGAAAGUAUUUCAUCGAAAAAAGUUAAAAUGAGUGAUCUGUGAUUUACAGGUUGUGGAUCGGGUACAUGCAUACGGACCAUUCAGCGUCGUACUGCGAAUAUCCCAGACAUCGCCAUGUAGAUAUGGGAUGAACGACUUCAUUUCUGCUUGUCUUUAUUUUAUGGUUGCGAACAGAUGUUGUAGCGAUAAUUUCGUCAAGUCGUCAAGCUUAUGCGGUGUGCGGCUUUAAAUAUAGACAUAUUUCACAGUUUGAUGAUUUGUAUACAGCAGUAUAUUUGUGAAAACUUUGUGUGGUGAUGUGCUAACAGGAAUAGAUCAGCUAAGAAUACACCUGCGCAAACGUCAGUUACCGUUGGGCAACCAGUCGUGGAGUUAUCAAAUUGAUUUCUGGUGUAUAGGGGAUUGUAGCAAUACGCCCUGACGUUCGGUACCGCCCGUGCCCUGGGGUAAACAGUCAAUCGCCCCAUCGACAUGCUAUUGUGCAGUGACUUGGUUAAGCAUAACAGAGGAAUUUCAUAGCGUCUUAGCCGCAGUCAAGGGAUUGGUCUACCUACCGCGUGCAGAAACACCAUGGACAGAGAUACGAUAGGACUUUGGUUAAGUCUUUUGGGCUUACUACAAUGGCUUUCCCGCGUGCCUGCUUAUCACCCGAACUCAUUGUCGGAGAUGAGCUGUUUUCACCGGCUGGACCGCCUGGAGCACGAGCCGGUGUUCGCCCCUCAGCCACCAGAUGUGAGCGGCCUGUGGACGUCAUACAGAUGUGAAGUUCGGCCAGGUCCGGAAUUUCUCCUAAGGAAAUACAAGUUCGAAAACAAUUCCACUUUCGUCGUCUACCAGUUUUACUAUUCCGAUCCGGAUUGCACCAGUCCAACGUACUCGGUCCGUGCAUCCGGGCGAUACCGGCCGGUUCGAAAAGCCUGGUCUGUUCCAGGUGGAACAGAAAUAGACUACAGACUGUUACGGGUCUCUCUGAUGCCUUACACAGUCGACAUGGCCGACUUGUUAAACCAAAGAGUCAAAACAAGAUGUGCUUUUAUGGAUUUUCAAAAAUGGAAACCUUACGAAGCUCAAGAUAUUUUCAAUUUCCCAGAGAAAUCUCCAAAAAUUGGCCAAGAGACUCUACCACCCACAGAGGGCGCUGACUUCGAUUGUUCUCACGUGACUGAUUUUACAUUGCACGAGCUUCAGUUGAUGAGGCGGGAAAUUCGACUACGUCAUCCACAUGUGGCGCGUGAGGAGGGGUAUCAGAUUUUACAAUUGAACCAGAGUGGAGAAGAUACAAUUGAGGAACUUUACCUGGGGGAUAUUCAUACGGAAUUGUCACAAAGACGGUAUUAUCGACCCAGCAGUUACCAGAUUGCCCUCAGAAAACCAAAGAUGUCGUCAAGCUGUGCAGUAUGUGACAGACUGGUCAACGCUGACGUCUUCUUCCCGCCCGAGUUGCAUCAUCGACACGGCACUAUGAUAAGCCUGUUCGGAGAGUGGGUCAGCCAGCGUUGUGAAGCCCGUCCCCACGGGAUGUUCUUAACGCGUAGACUCAUCUUCCCGGAGAACAGUCACCGCUGGGAGGGUUAUUAUGUCUUCUUCCACGACUCACUCUGUCGCGACAAAACCUUCACGCUCUACGCGCAGGGGAACUAUGCCCCUGGAAGUAUCUCAGGGGUCAUUUCCGGGGCUCAACAUUACGACUUUAAGGUUAAUAGGGUAAAGGUUACGCCGAACGACCGGAAGACUACGGACUUGUUUAAUGGGUACUCAGGAGAUGGCUGUGGGAAACCAAAGUCAUGGAAAAUCAACGUGGAGCAGGAUGUAACACAUACUAAUGGAUGUGAAACACUGGGAAUUCGACUUCCAUAUAUUGAAUAUGACCUUAUGAAAAUGGAAUACAAGCACUGGAAAUAUCACCUUUUUAUUGGACAAAGACCUACGGAUGGAAAACCAAUCAAAUCUCCUGAAAGACGACCGACGUCGUUUCAAGCACCUUUGGUGAAGUGUGAACCCAUUAUGGUAGCGCUUGCGUACACUAAGGACCACGAUCGUCGUGCACUAGAUGACCCCAGCUCGACAGCUAACUCACUACAUCUCACUGGUCUGACUUCGAUUGGAGUCUGGCUGUCUGUAAUCACGCUUUUAGUAAGAGCAUUAAGUUAAUCCCAGUAGGCUCUUUUAAAAUGAUAUUUCAAUUUAUUAUGUUACAGCAUAUCAAAAAUCGUCCUGGGAUAAGAUAGCAAGAAGAUAUUAACAUAAAAACGGGUAUUUAUGUUAGAAAGCUUUUGGAUGUUGAUGAUUUGACUGUUAUCAGUGUGUUAAGGCAUACGUGGGAAGUCUACCAGCAACCUGCGGAUGGUCGUGAGUUUCCCGCGGGCUCUACCCGGUUUCCUCCCACCAUAAUUAGCUCAUGCUAAACACCUGUAAAACCCAGAAUCGGCUGCGUAAAAUCCUUAAACAUCAUUAUUAUGACGCCAAAGCAACUGAAAUCUGUUCAUUCUUUACAACGACUCAAACCCUUUUUCGGAGCAGUUACCUACAGGCGAUACUAUUGCCUUAUUAAUGGCAAUGCAUCAAAGCGUUGUAGACAAGAUUCCAGCUCAUGCUGACUUCCUCUCCAGUCGUAGGUGGGAAGGUCUUGCAGCAACCUGUGGAUGGUCGUAUCCGUUUCCUCGGGUCUCUACCCGUCGUAUAAGUGAAAUAUUUUUGAGUACAGCAUAAAACACCAAUCAAAUAAAUGAAUAAAUAUGGUGAGUCAUUCUGAGUAGAUCCC